UACUGUUUUUCCUGCAUUUCCAAGCAAAAUCCAACUCUCCAUUGACACACACACACCACCUUUCAAUAAUGCCCAAUCUUAUAAUCUAACACCAAAGCUUUGCUAAAUGCUAACCAAACAUUCCACCUAAUUUCAACCUCAUCCUCAUCAACACCUCAAUAAAUUCCACACUCUUCCCUCACUCCAACACCAAGGACCACUCUUCCACUCACUGAUUCUCAUAACACAAAAGAUGCUGCUAAUGAUGAUGAUGAUGAAAAUGAAAAUGAAGAAACACCAUCUCCUCUCUCUCUCACUUCUCCUAAUGCUUCUCUCCUACACCACCACCGUUUCAGCUCAAACCCCAGCACCAUCACCAUCCUCAUCCCCCACAGACAUCAUCAGAAUCCUCAAAAAGGCAGGAGGCUUCACCACCCUAAUCCGUCUUCUCACCACAACGCAGGUCUCAACCCAGAUCAACGCCCAGCUCCUCAACUCAAACAACGGCUUAACACUGUUUGCACCAAACGACAAUUCCUUCCAAAGCCUCAAACCUGGCUUCCUCAACUCCCUCAACGACCAACAGAAGAACGAGCUCAUCCAAUUCCACGUGCUGCCCACGUUUGUUUCCAUCUCAAACUUCGACACUCUAAGCAACCCCGUCAGAACACAGGCCGGUGAUGACCCUGAUAGGUUGGCGUUGAACAUCACAAGUUCCGGGAACCAAGUGAACUUGACAACCGGCGUCGUUAACACCACAGUUGGUGGCAGUGUCUACUCCGAUCACCAGCUUGCCAUUUAUCAAGUGGACAAGGUUCUUCUUCCCAGGGACUUCUUCGUUCCCAAGCCUCCACCACCUGCUCCUGCACCUGCAAAGGCUAAGGCUUCUUCUGCUAAGACAUCUACAGACGGUCCUGCUUCAGCUGAUACCCACUCUUCUGCUGCUAUCACUUUGAAACUCAAAAUCUGGUUCUCCCUUGCAGUUACAGCAGCAGCAGUAUUCUCAUUGUCACCAUGACACCUAAACCAACCACGUUACCUGGGCUCCAAUGUUGUUGUGCUUUCUUAAUUUCCACCUGCUUUUUUGUCAUUGGUUGGAUUCAAGGGGAAUCGUGAACUUUUUGUAGCACAUUUUCGAUUAUUUUUCUUCUUUUUCAUUUUUAUUUUGGUUUUUUUGUCUCCGUGGUGAAACAUGUAUUCGAUUUUGAAGGUACUUCUUUCUCUUCA